GUGAGAGGACCACCAUCAUGACUCCAGUGAUCUUUCUCGUCCUUUUCCUGUCGCUGACGAACCUUCUCCCGGGAGCAACAGGAAAUCCAAUAAGUGAGUUGAAAGAGUCGACGGACGUCUCUAAAACCAUCGAGAAAGCUAAUGCUGGCAUAAAAACGAGCCUGGUCCACGGCGACAUUGUGCCAAAUUUAAAUAAGAAUGCCGACCCCUGCGUGACCAGAGGCUGCUUGUGGCCCAAAACUGGAAGUUACGUCUACGUGCCCGUCGCCAUCGGCCUUGAAUACAGCACUGCAGAGCGCAACUUCCUCAUUAACAGCCUGGUGACCUUCCAUCAGUCCACCUGCAUUCGCUUUGUCUGGCGUACUACGCAUAGGGACUACCUCAACUUCUUCUCUGGGACUGGGUGUUGGUCCUACGUGGGCCGGCAGGGAGGCGUACAGCCGGUCUCUCUGUUGAGAAACGGAUGUCUCUACGUAAACACGAUCCAGCACGAGGUUCUCCACGCUCUGGGCUUCCAUCACGAGCAUGUCCGCUCCGACAGAGACGCGUACGUCUCCAUCCUCACCGCCAACAUUCAGCCAGGAACUGAAUCCAACUUUGUGAAGAGGCCGACUAACAACUUGGGGACUCCCUACGACUUCAACUCUGUCAUGCAGUACAGCAAAUACUCCUUCUCCAAAAACGGCUUGCCAACCAUCUCCGCUAUCCGCAAUCCUAACCUUGACUUUGGAAAGGCCACACAAAUGAGCACUACUGACAUCGCCCGCAUUAACAAGCUUUACGGAUGCUAAAACCUUCCAGAAGUUGU